AUAGAGGGUUGCCAAAACAUGGAAUUUGGGAGGAGUCUGAUAAUGGCCAUGAUGAAAGAAGAAGGAUCCUGAAACAGCGUCCAAUGGGAAAAAAUCUAGAUCAUGGAGAGUUAAGACAGCAACAACACAUGUCAUCUCAUGCAGCGAGAGUGUAUG